UUGUGAGAUUAUAGUUGCGUUAAGUUUCAGAGAUGCAGAGGUUGCAGUACUUAUUCAAACUUAAGUUAUAAAAAUGUUAAAGUGAUGAUCUGUAACGACUGCGUAUAGUCUAUCCAAGGAAGUCAUUAAGGCAACUACAUUCAUCAAGAUCUUUAGCUAUGGCUUUGACUCUAGAAGCUGUCCUAGGACUUGCAACAGUUUCUUUUUUAUGGGGUGUCACCAAUCCUCUCAUGAAAAAAGGUGCUCAGGGAAUUGAGAGAAUAAAGUCACAUUCCAUCACAAGUCAGUUUUUAAAUGACGUCGUUUUUCUUGUCAGAAAUUUCAAGUACAUGAUACCCUUUUUGAUCAACCAAUGUGGUUCACUCAUAUAUGUCGUGGUGAUUCAACAAACUGACUUGUCUUUAACAGUCGUUGUUGCAAAUUCCUUGACUUUUGCUAUUACAGCUUUGACUGGUAUAUUUUUGGGAGAAAAAAAAGUUCACAGAAAUACAUACCUCGGAAUUAUAUUAAUUCUAUUAGGAACAACUGUGUGUUGUGUGGACAAGAUGGAUAGUUCAAGUUGAGGUGUGUGUACAAUUGGGGAAAAAAAAUAUUUUUGUUUUUACAAA